AUCCCUCUCCCUCCCUUGGGUUUCUUCUUAAGUGAACCUGCCCUUUUCCAAUUCCAAAUCUGAACCUUCUUACGCUUUUCCUGUUCUACUCUUCCCAUUCGCAUAAUGUCUGAGCCCGAGAUCGCCACCGUGCCGACCACCGAACAGGAUUCCCCAGGAGAUCAGGCUAAGGAGUCCCCCAAAUCAUCCAAGUCUUUUAGCACCUCCUUUAGUAUUUGGCCGCCUUCGCAGCGCACUCGUGACGCUGUCAUCAAACGCCUCAUCGAGACGCUCUCCAACCCCUCUGUUCUCUCUAAGCGCUAUGGCACUGUACCCCAUGAAGAGGCCACCGAUGCAGCGCGUCUUAUAGAGGAGGAAGCUUAUUCUUUCGCCGCUGCUAAAGCCAGCGCCGACGACGACGGGAUCGAGAUCCUUCAGCUUUAUUCUAGGGAGAUCAGCAAGCGCACUCUCGAUACUGUCAAGGCCAGAGCUGCGUCCGAUUCUACAGCUGAAAACGGGUCGUCUGCUCCUGUUGUAUCGACCACCACCGAUAAGGAGGAAACCCCAUCUGUUCAAGAAUCCUGAUUUCUCCAGGGUUUUGUUCUCGUAGAAUGUGAAUUAGGUUUUCAGACUGCUUCUUGAGGGUUGCUUUUACGGAGAUCUGUUUGUAUUGCUUAUGAAUGUCUGAUACUUACAUGAGAAACAUAACCUUUGAAUUUCAAAGUCUAGGACCCCCGCCCCUUUAUCAUGACUCCUGUUGUGCUUUUCUAUUUAUUUUAUGAGUUUUACAAUUUAAAGCUGUGGUUUCAUGGCAUAAACUUGUUCUUGAUCA